UGUGAACCUCCGUGCCCCAUGCGGCUGUGCGGCGCGCCACCAACCCCAACUGUCCUGCUCGCUCGACGGUCCGUGACGCAUCCAUCCUCCGCCGGUGUAGCUGUUGGCUGCUACUGUUCAUCACCACCACCGCACCACUCGUCCUCUUCCCCGCUGGUUGUCGGCUCGCCGCCUACUAUCCUCUUCUGGCGCUCAACGUUGCAGCUGAAGAUGUUUUCUAUCCUAGAAACAGAACAUGAUGAGGAAUUGAAUGAGAAAGAUGAUACAUUUAUGAGUAUAGAGGUAGAGGCAGAUGCAGAAGCAGCUGCUGCAGAAGCAAGCGACGAGUCCGUCUGGGUGCAUUUCACCAAAGUUUUUGAUGAUAAUUAGCGGUUAGUGAAGGAAGGAAUGUGCAAGUAUUGUGACCGACCAAUUCAAGCUACUACAACAUGCAUUUCACCAAA